CGCUGAUUGACCAACGUCACUCGGUUUUCCUCCCCCUCCUCCCACUCAAGGUCGCGAGACUAUCCUUCUGACGCGCAGACGCAACAGAGGGUAUUUUAGCUAAGCAUUUCCCAUAUCGAUACUCUUUUUGCGGACGAUUCACGAAUAAAAUGGGUGGAGCUGGCUGGCUGUUUUUGUUUGCGGUGUUGAUGGCUGCGGGGCUGUUGUUCUGCAUGGUUUUCUUCAUCAUCAUGUUCUCGGACCUCGAAUGCGACUACAUCAACCCCAUUGACCUAUGCAAUAAACUGAACCAGUUCGUUCUGCCUGAAAAUAUCGCCCAUGCCUUCCUCGCGACACUUUUCUUGCUUUCCGGUCAAUGGACUGCGUUCCUCCUGAACGUUCCCCUCGUCGCCUUCAAUGCCAACAAGAUACGAAACAAGAAUCACAUGUACGACGCGACGGAGAUCUUCAGAACCAUUACUGGUCACAAGAAGGAGAGCUUCAUCAAGCUCGGAUUCUAUCUCCUCUCAUUUUUCUACUAUCUCUAUCGCAUGAUUGUGGCUUUGAUCGCGGACAGCGAGUAGAUGUCGAAGACUGGGGCAUACGUUGAAGGGCUUGGGGCUGUUGGAUCACUUCAUUUACACAGUACUUCUACUCAAGAUCAGCUCCAGUUGUAAUCAGCUACGAAUUUUUUUCAUGAGAAUGCUUUCCUAGAACACUCGUGAAGUUGCACGGGUGGAGGAUAUGACAUCGGAGUUAGCGCAUAGAAAGAUGGAGAUUUGAUUCUAUGGACAAUGCAAGAAAUAUUCGAACUACCGACCCUCGUCGAUCCAGGGAAUACAGACGACGAAAUGGGUACUAAGAUGUCCUGUUGUUCAGGACACGGCCUGACACUCGAACGCCCGCGUGGAAAUUGGCAGGCAUGAGCAACAAUGGGGAAAAUGGAUGGCCGUGCCGCCGCACGA